UGCAGCUCCCAGUAAUGCUGAACUAAGUAUAAUUCCACAAUCAACAAUUUACAACUGCAGCAGUGGUCAUUUCUCUAUGCCACUUUUAACUGAUUCUGAAGAUAAUGAAGAAGUGAAUGCUAGGAGAGAAGAGAGAGAAAGAAUUGCAUUAGAUUGCAUUGCAAAGUGCCAGCGAUCCUCUUGCAAGAUGACCAGCCAAAUUACUAGUUGGGACACGAGGUUUGAGUCAGGUACAAAAGCAGCACUGCUGUUGCCAUUUUCUCCGAUCGUUAUUGCAGCUGAUGAAAAUGAGCAAAUAAGAGUGUGGAACUAUGAUGAUGUGCUACCGGUAAACUCUUUUGAAAACCAUAAGUUGUCCAAUAGAGGGCUAUCUAAGCUUUUGCUUAUCAAUGAACUCGACGAGAGCUUGGUUUUAGCUGCCUCAAGUGAUGGAAAUGUCCGUAUAUGGAAAAACUUUAAUCAAAGGGGAGGACAAAAACUUGUAACUGCUUUCUCAUCAGUUAAGGGUCAUCGAGCUGCUGGUCGCAAUAUUGUGAUCGAUUGGCAGCAACAAUCUGGUUACCUGUAUGCAUCUGGUGACAUGUCUUCCAUCUUGGUGUGGGAUCUUGAAAAGGAACAACUUCUCAGCACCAUUGAGUCCCCUGCUGACAGCGCGAUUUCUGCACUGUCUGCAUCUCAGGUUCGAUCUGGACAUUUCGCUGCUGGUUUCGCUGAUGGUUCUGUUAGGAUAUUUGAUGUCCACACACCUGAUAGGCUUGUCUAUAUGGCGAGGCCGCAUGCCCCAAGAACAGAAAAGGUUGUUGGCAUAGGGUUUCAGCCUGGGUUUGAUCCAUACAAGCUGGACUGGAACCGAUGACCCUCUCUGACCCAAGCAAUUGUUGUCCAGAUCGAGAAAACUGUUUCAUCCAUACACCGCGUCCCAUGAUGCAAAUAUUUUCAGUGAAAUUGGGCAAACUUUUAGAAGAAGAUGGCCCGGUUCAGUUAUACGGAUAUAUAGCUACCCGUGACCUUCUAGAUCCAUUAGUAAAUUACAUAGUUAAUUGGAGCAGGGAUGAUCCUAUCAUUGUAUACCAGAAAUAAGUGUAGGUGAUGGAAACAACACACUGUUCUGGUCUGAUCGAUGGCUCAUGGGCUGCUCAAUUGUUGAAAUCGCACCUGUGGUUGUUGAUGCUGUGCCACUAAAAAUUCGCAAGCAACGCACAGUUGCACUUGCACAGGCCUUGCAAAAUCAAUCUUGGCCCACUGAUAUUCAAGGAGGCCUCUCGCCGAUUGGACUGUUUGAGUAUCUCCAGCUGUGGGAUAUGCUGCUGGACACGACCCUCUCCCAGGAUGAGGAUGUGCACAUCUGGCGAUUGGAUAGCUCUGGAAUCGGUGCUGGACUGCGGAUCGUCUGGCGAGGCGUGGCCUGCCACACCCGUCCAUGUGUCCGCUCUGUGACCAGGAAGAAGAAAAUAUCCAACACCUGCUUACUACGUGUGUCUUUUCCCGGGAGUUCUGGUUUAGAAUUCUAACGCCUAUGGGAUUUCAAGGCCGGGUCCCAAGCCGCCAUGAGGUUUCUUUUGCUGACUGGUGGAGAAAAGCAGUUAAAAAGGUCCCGAAAGAAACUAGGAAAGGCCUGAAUUCCACUAUUAUUUUGGGCGCCUGGGUUAUCUGGAAGCAUCGCAAUGCUUGCGUCUUUGAUGGUGCUCGACCUUGCAUAAACAGUCUCCUUCGAGCUUUCAGAGAUGAGGGUGUCUUGCUGGAGCUCGACGCCUGAGAACACUUGGUCAUGGUCUGGUUGGCGAGCUGGGUAAUCCUUAGCUUGUGGUUUCUAAUUUGUAGUAGGUCAGAUCUCGCCUCUAGGUGUGUGCGCUAUUGGAGUACAUCUUGAUCAUGUAUUUUUUCAACCCCUCAUGGCUCGGCCCGGAAUGAGGUGGUGAAGAUUGUAAGGGGCCGGCUCUUCUCUCUUUAAUACAAUGAUACGAAGCUCUCCUUCGUAUUCGAGAAAAAAGAAAUAAGUGUUUUAUGUACAACUUUGAUAGUUAUACAUAUAUAUUGUUAAAAAGGUAGAAUUACUAUGCA